AUGAGGCUAUACACAGUCUGCGCUGUGGCAGCGCGCUUCUACAAUAAUGGUAUUCUUUACAAUGUUCUCCUUCGGCAUGCGCGAGAGGCGGGGCUAGAGGCAAUGCUGUCGUCCAAAUCGACGGCGACCGUUCAGGGCUUUGUCAUACUGGCAACUUGGUCGCAACCAUCAGUUUCCUACGAGACUGAUAAUGCCUACUUGUAUGCUGGCAUCGCUAUUCGCCUAGGAGUCGAGAUUGGACUACAUAGAAAAAUAGCACUUCGCUAUCCCGACAACACAGAGCCACAUAUCAAGAGAAUGUACGUUGAGGAAGUCCUCUCAAGAGAGCGUACAUGGUUUUGCGUCUUCAUACUGGAUCGAUCAAUGAGUGCCUUGACUGGCAAACCGCCACAGGCUCCAGAGACAUAUGCGAUACGCGAUGUCGAUAAGUGGUGGCGCAGGUCCGAGUGCACAUUGUCCGAUGUCUUUAUCUCCGCCCACGCGCAGCUGCUUAGACUUCUCUACCGAUGCUUCGACGUCAUAUAUUCCUGCAACGACACAUUUACAGGUGUUUCUACAGGUCUCAAUUAUCAGGUCGUCGUCAAGGACUUGCAGUGGCGGCUGGACGAAUGGGCACAGAUAUGGGCAAAGAACCUGAGAGAUUUUGACGCCGAGCAAGCCAACGAGGAGCCGUUGGAGACGUACCUUUCCAUUCUUAACCUUUCCAGAUCGUUUUAUAAUCUUGUACCGCUCUCUUUUGGUCUGCAUCAUUGCACUGUGGAUGGUUUCAACCGGGUAGAUCAAAUAUCUUUUGUAACUCGAUGCUACGAAUGCGCCACUCGGACACUCCAGGUCGCCACAAAAGAGCUGAACCCAAAUCGGGUCUUCAAGGUGGCACCCGACAUUUGUGUUAUUGCUGUCACAUACGCUGCCUGCUUCCUGCUUAAACUCAUUGGGCCGGAGUUCAAGCACAUUUUCGACGAGGCUGUCGUUCUCGAUCUGAUCAAGGAGACUUUGAGCCUCCUGGAAAAAUCAUCCGAAGAUGAAAGGCAUACACAUCACCUCCAUGCAAUGUUCCUGCGGAGGCACAUUGACCGCUACCAAGCACAAGACUCGUCUUGUAUCAACGACGCGCCCACGCAGCCAGGGCAGCAGCCGCCGCCGCAACAACAACAACACCAACACCAGCAACAACAACCCUCCUUCUUCGUUUCCAACUCAAUGACUGACCUAGGAAGCACCGAUGUCUGCAUUGACGUUGAUGGAUCCAUCAAUUUUCCUUCGCUAAGUGGUAAUGGGAUAAUACGUCCCACGGCGGACAUGAGCUCGGAUUGGAUCGAUACCGUGCUGGGCAUGCAGAGUCGAAGGGAUGACCCCUUCUCCACAGGCCUGCAGAUGGCUCCGUGGAGUGGUAUAUUCGGAAACGACUUUACUACUGAAGGAAUGUUUUAG